AUGAGAGAAGUCAUCUCCCUCAACGUCGGCCAGGCCGGUUGCCAGAUCGCCAACUCCUGCUGGGAGCUCUACUGCCUCGAGCACGGCAUUCAGCCCGAUGGAUACCUUACUCCCGAGCGCAAAGCCGCUGAUCCUGACCAAGGCUUCAGCACUUUCUUCUCCGAGACAGGCCAAGGCAAAUAUGUCCCGCGUACCAUCUACUGCGAUCUCGAACCCAAUGUCGUCGAUGAGGUCCUCGACAAGAUUCGCCGUGUCGCCGACAACUGCGCUGGUCUUCAGGGCUUCCUUGUCUUCCACUCCUUCGGUGGUGGCACUGGCUCUGGCUUCGGCGCCUUGUUGAUGGAGCGUCUAUCUGUCGACUACGGCAAGAAGUGCAAGCUUGAGUUCUCCGUCUACCCUGCGCCUCAGGUCUCCAACGCUGUCGUUGAGCCAUACAACUCGAUCCUUACUACUCACACUACUCUGGAGCACUCGGAUUGCUCAUUCAUGGUCGACAACGAGGCCAUCUACGACAUCUGCCGUCGCAACUUGGGUAUCGAGCGCCCCAACUAUGAGAACUUGAACCUCGUCUCAUCCAUCACUGCCUCCCUCCGCUUCGACGGUUCCCUCAACGUCGAUCUCAACGAGUUCCAGACCAAUCUUGUGCCAUACCCGCGUAUCCACUUCCCUCUGGUCGCCUACUCCCCAGUCGUCUCAGCCGCCAAGGCCUCGCACGAGUCCAACUCGGUGCAGGAGAUCUCGAACUCUUGCUUCGAGCCCAACAACCAGAUGGUUAAGUGUGAUCCUCGCACUGGCAAGUACAUGGCCACUUGUCUGCUAUACCGUGGUGAUGUCGUUCCCAACGAUGUUCACUCUGCAGUCGCCUCUCUCAAGACCAAGCGCACCAUUCAAUUCGUUGACUGGUGCCCGACUGGCUUCAAGAUUGGUAUCUGCUACCAGCCACCUCAGAUGGUUCCCAAUGGAGAUCUCGCCAAGGUUAACCGCGCUGUGUGCAUGCUCUCCAAUACCACCGCCAUUGCCGAGGCUUGGGGUGCUCUCUCACACAAGUUCGACCUCAUGUACUCCAAGCGUGCCUUCGUUCAUUGGUACGUUGGUGAGGGUAUGGAGGAAGGUGAAUUCUCCGAGGCGCGUGAAGAUCUUGCUGCUCUUGAGCGCGACUACGAGGAGGUUGCCAGCGACUCCAUCGAGGACGUCGAGGGCGAGGAGCUUGAGCACUAA